AUGAACAUUAAUGUAAUAUUAAUGUACAAUUUCUUGAAUAAAAAGAUCUGUUCUGACAAUCAUGGAAAGACAAAAGAAUGUGCUGCAACGUAUGAUCAGACUCAUUUACUUUCCUUCUGUGUUUCAGAACAGUCCUGUGAGCCUGACUGGCUGCAGUUUGAUGGCAGCUGCUAUUACCUCAGUUUAGUCAAGUCUGAUUGGCACAAAGCCAGGAGUGCGUGUACUAAAAAGGGAGCCGACCUCGCUGUAAUCACCAGUGAGAGAGAACAGAUUUUCCUUACCACUAAAUCUGCUGCCAGCCCUUCCAGGCUUUUUUGGAUUGGGCUGCAUGAUUCCACUGAUGAAGGUGCUUGGGAAUGGGUGGAUGGAACGAACUACGAAUCGUCUUACAAGUCCUGGAAGGAAGGGGAGCCGAAUGAUCACUAUGGGGAUGAAGACUGUGCCCACAUGUGGACUGCCGGGGAGUGGAAUGAUGCACUUUGCUCUAAUGGCCAAAGAUAUGCUAUUUGUGAGAAGAAGCUCUGAGUGUGUGUCCUACAGGAGACUUAAGGGCCCCAUAUACUAGAACGAUAAUGACCGAUUUCAUCCGAUUUCGGGCAUUCGGCCCGAUAUAUCGGGUGAAAUCGGGCAUUUUGGAGGUGUUUCUGAUCCAAUCCGAUGCGCGUUCCCGUGAGCAUCGGAUCGGAUCCUCCAGAUUGAACGUGCUGCACUCGUGAUAGGUCGGUGCCCGCAGGCAUGGCUGGAAUCGCCCAAGAUAUAUCGUAUGCAAAAGGACAGCAUACAAUGCAUCUUGGGCGAUCCUGUCGCCUGGGAGACUGCCGGGUUGAUCGCCUGCGACAUGUCAGACGGACAUGUCGCAGUAGUGUAUGGGGCCCUUUACUCUGCAGCCGUCACAUUGGAGCCAAUUCAUUGUUUACUUCUGGAUAGCAAUUUAAACUAAUUUGUUUUGACCAUUUUACCUAUUUCCCCAGCUUUAUGUAUACCCUAAUACCCUAUAUAGGCUGCAGGCACUGCACGGUCUGGUGCUGGGCUCUGCAUGUAACUGCCACACAGUCUGUGAUGUUGAUUAUAAUCUGCUAUAGUAACUCCAUUGACUGUGUUCUCUCAAUGUUUCCCUGCACCUUACUAGCAAGACGCAAGCAUAGCGAGUUAACGUUUGUAUUAGAGAUGUGCAGUGGGCACUUUUUGUGUUUUGGUUUUGGAUCUGGAUUCUCGAUCUUGUGUUAUGGAUCUGGAUUGGUUUUGCCAAAACCACCCUUUCGUGUUUUGGUUUUGGAUUUAGAUGAUUUUUUAAUAAAAACCACAAAAACAGCUAAAAUCACAGAAUUUGGGGGUAAUUUUGAUCCUACGGUAUUAUUAACCUCAAUAGCAUUCAUUUCCACUCAUUUCCAGUCUAUUCGAAAUGACUCCCACCUCACAAUAUUGUUUUUAGGCCAAAAGGUUGCACCAAGGUCGCUGGAUGACUUUGCUUAGCAACACAAGUGUGCGGCACAAACACCUGGCCCAUCUAGGAGUGGCACUGCAGUGUCAGACAAGAUGGUACUUUUAAAAACUAGACCACAAACAGCACAUCAUGCAAAGAAGAAAAAGAGGUGCAUUGAGGUAGCUGGAUGGCUAAUCUAAGUGACACAAGUGUGUGGCGAAAAAACACCUGGCCCAUCUAGGAAUGGCACUGCAUUGUCAGACAGGAUGGCAGAUUUCAACACUAGGCCCCAAACAGAACAUCAUGCAAAGAAGAAAAAAAGGUGCAAUGAGGUGGCUGGAUGACUUUGCUAAGCGACACAAGUGUACAGCACAAACACCUGGCCCAUCUAGGAGUGGCACUGCAGUGUCAGACAGGAUGGCACUUUUAAAAAUUAGGCCCCAAAGAGCACAUCAUGCAAAGAAAAAAGAAGAGGUGCACUGAGGUCGCUGGGUGACUAAGCUAAGCGACACAAGUGUGCGGCACAAACACCUUGCCCAUCUAGGAGUGGCACUGCAGGGUCAGACAGGAUGGCAGAUUUAAAAAAUAGGCCCCAAACAGGACACCAUGCAAAGAAGAAAAAGAGGUGCAAUGAGGUAGCUGGAUGUCUAAGAUAAGCGACACAAGUGUGCAGUACAAACACCUGGCCCAUCCAGGAGUGGCACGCAGUGGCUGAAUGGCGAAAGUGGUCCGCAAUUUUUGGCCCACUGACAGCAUCUCCUGCACACCCCUGUCAUUUCUCAAAAAAUUCUGCACGACAAAAUGAAUUGUAUGCGCAAAAAAUGUGACAAGCUGGAAUUUGUCCAGAUGUACUACACGCACAAUAUUGGUGGCACAGGAGAGCGGACCCCUAAACCACACACACACGGCAAAGCCUGUAAAAAUAAUUUGGAUAAUAAUAACCCUUUUAUUUGGAGUUAUUAUAAUAAUAUGCAGCACAGGCGAGCUUACCCCUACACCACACACGGCAAAGCCUGUAAAAAUAAUUUGGAUAAUAAUAACCCUUUUAUUUGGAGCUAUUAUAAUAAUAUGCAGCAUACCCCUACACCACACAUGGCAAACCCUGUAAAAAUUGUUUGGAUAAUAAUAACCCUUUUAUUUGGAGUUGUUAUAAUAAUAUGCAGCACAGGCGGGUGUACCCCUAAGCCACACACACAGGGCAAACCCUGUAAAAAUUAUUUGGAUAAUUAUAUAAGAUAUAACCCUUUUAUUUGGAGUAAAUAAUAUACAGCACAGGACACCACCACUGGACUUGUGGCAGCACAAGACACCAUCACUGGACUGAUGCAGCACAAGACAGCACCACUGGACUGGACUUAUACAACAGUACCACUGGACUUACACGGCAGUACCCCUGGACUUAUAUGGCUGCACCACUGGACUGGACUUAUACGGCAGUACCUCUUUAUACGGCAGUACCCCUGGACUGGACUUAUACGGCAGGAACACUGGACUUAUACGGCAGUACCCCUCGACUUUUACGGCAGUACCCCUGAACUUAUACAGCUGAUCCACUGUACUGGACUUAUAUGGCAGUACCCCUGGACUUAUAUGGCAGUACCCCUGGACUUAUAUGGCAGUACCCCUGGACUUAUACGGCAGUACCCCUGGACUUAUGGCAGCAUAGGACACCACCACUGGACUUAUAUGGCAGUACCCCUGAACUUAUACAGCUGCUCCACUGUACUGGACUUAUAUGGCAGUACCACUGGACUUAUAUGGCAGUACCCCUGGACUUAUGGCAGCACAGGACACCACCACUGGACUUAUGGCAGCACAGGACACCACCACUGGACUUAUGGCAGUACAGGACACCACCACUGAACUGAUGCAGCACAACACACCACCACUGCACUGGACUUAUACAGCAGCAGCAAUGGACGUAUGGCAGCACAAGACACCACCACUGGGCUUAUGGCAGCACAGGACACCACCACUGGACUGAUGCAGCACAACGCAGCACCACUGCACUGGACUUAUACAGCAGCAGUACUGGACUUAUGGCAGCACAGGAAGCCACCACUGUGACUGGACUGAUGCAGCACAAGACACCACCACUGGACUGAUGCAGCGCAAGACAGCACUGGAAUGACACAUAAGAGCAGGUCGCCACCCCAUGCGCCACACCACUUUCCCGCACAGACACUGAGGAGACACGUUCUCUCACUACACUCUCCAGGACUGGAGUGAAAAUGGUGGCGACGCGCAGCUCCUUAUAUGGAAUCCAAAACCCGCGAGAAUCCGACAGCGGGAUGAUGACAAUUUGCCUCGUUCUGGUUUCCGAGUCUGGCGGGAAAACCCGAGUCGGACUCGGAUCCGGGGUCGAGACGUUAUGUUCGGUAGGGUUCGGUUCUCAGAGAACCAAACCCACUCAUCUCUAGUUUGUAUUACAAUUUGUUACAUAGGGGGAGAUGUUUCAAACCUUCGAGAGAGAUAAAGUGGAGCAGUUGUCCAUAGCAACCAAUUAGAUUCUAGUUAUUAUUUAUUUAACAUAGUCUAUGAAAUGACAGAAGCUGGUUGUUUUUGGGAAAUUCACUUUAUCUCUCUUGAUGGUUUGAUACUUCUCCCCACAGACUCCCUACUAAUUACUUGGAGAAUAGUUCAAUCCAUGUGUAGAGGGACAGGAUAACUGGUGCUGGGAUUGUGUUUAGCUCUUUUUCCACUCAUCGCUAGCUGGUCAGCCCAAACCCUGCCUUACUGUAUGUGCUAAAUGAGGGUACCUAGGACCUGAUUCAUACGCAGCCAGAUCUGCGUCCAUCUCCUCACAUGCUGGGGGCCGCCCAGCACAGGGCAAUUAGAUUGCGGAUGCAUCAAUCUAAGGUUGACCCCUGGCAGGGCUGUCAGGCGGUUGGCUGCCAUUAUUUUAAUUAGUGUGGCUGCAUGUGACAUCAUGCAACUGCCGUGAAAACGGUCACGACACCCCCCCGUUUACCCCCCCAUCGUCACCGCCCGGUUAACGGCCGCCGCUGUCAAUCACACUGCAGCCGCAUCCUUCCGGGAUGUGUAAGGUCGCGCACGCGUACUGCAGCCAGGGCGCGUAUGUGCAGACCAGAUGCAUCCAUCACAGAAUCAGCGCCUUAGUGUCUCUAUGGGGUUGGAAUCACUUAUGCGAAGAGUUCGAAGGGUCCAGCAGUGAGUUUAAUGUUAUAUAUACACACAUAGUUUAUACAUUGCAGCUAACAAAUGCCAGGGGGGUUCACCACAAAUUUUACCCUAAAGGGGAUAUAGCCACUGGUUCCUCUGAGUGAUGUCCUGGUCCUGAUUCACACCCUUUAAUCUAGGAAUGGCCAUUGGUGGGUUAUUCAUUGAUGGUUACCACUGAUAGUACGAUUGAUGGAUAACCUCGAUGGUUAGACACCAUCUGUAAAAGAACCAUCGAUGAUUUCACCCAUUGAUGGUCACCCACUACUUUAGUAUUGAGCGAGCCGCAGGCCAUUCAGGGCCCGGGGCAUGGCUUCACAGGUGUCAUUGGGCAAAGCUAUGCUCCGUGUCCCGACACCUAGUUAAAAAAAAAUAAAAUAUAUAUAUAUAUAUAUAUAUAUAUAUAUAUAAUUUGGUUAUGCCAAACCAUCUGGUUCUCCUCCAUCGAUGGCAAAAGUAUUCUAAAUUGGCCAAAAACAUCGAUGAUUGGGAAUCAUCUAUGGUCUGUGGCCAUCCCUACCUCACUCCUCUGCCAGCUGAGCAGGAAACAAGUCCAGUGUCCUGUUUUGUCUGUGUGGGAUUGCUAUUCUCUGCAUGUACACAAAUGAACUAGCCAUCUUAUAGGGAAUGUGUCAGUUGCAGCCCCUAGAAUCCGGGUAGGGCUGCCAUAGCAGGGGAGUGGAUUACCAUGGGAAGCACCAUUUGUUAUUGCAGUCCAGACUAGCAGACCCAGGGGACAAAACACCUGGGACUGCCUGUCCAGAAUGUGAUUAGUAGAUAGCACUUCUAAUGGGAAACCACUGCCACUGGGUUUGGUGGAUUUUACGCGAGGACUGCAGCCCCUAGGCAACAUGUUCCACUGACUGACAUGAUCCUAGACUAAUCCAAUAGGAACUUGUGUCAAAGUGGAACCCUGGGCUAACGAGUGACCUGGGCAGAACUACAGGCAGUGCCCUGGGGCCUCUGGGGAAUGAGGCCUGCAGCAGUCUUCUGCUCUGACCAGCAAUGAGUAUUUCCCUGGGCCAGUCUAUCGUUCCUCAAAUUGGGAUGGCUUGGGGGAAAACUCAUUGCUGGUCUGGGCAGCCAGCAGGGAGUAUGAGUAUGGUCAGCCCCACUGCUUUGAAGGGCCUGACCCUUACCUUUGGGAGGUGGGGCUGACACCUAAUCCACCCUGCCAGUGUCCAGGCCCACACUGCUCAUGAAAAACAAUGUGGGGCACCCGCCAUGUUGGUUAAUAGAGGGACGACGGGACAGCUUUCCCCCUCUACGCAACUCAGCUUCCUGCACCACCACUCACUGUGCCAGUGACCCGUGAGUGUAAAAAUCUAGUGUCAUCCCCUAACCUGCAGCUACAAUUUGAAGAGGAGCCGAAAAAGGAGGAACUGUGUAAAUACUAAGGAAUGGGCGUCGCUGAUCCAAUAAAUGCUCUUAUCCGAUGGAUUGAAUAUCAGAUCAGUGUGCACCAGUACACACUGAGCAAUUUCUUACUCCGAGCAAGAUGUAUUAAAAUACGGUGAUUCUAAUCGCAUACAGUAUGUACUAACAUAUGCAGUUAACAUCACAAUGCAGUAUCAGAGGCCUGCCGCGAUGUUGGUGGUGAGGUCUGCAGAGGUCGGCAGGGGUCUCCGUCACCUCCCAGACCCGGGAGGUGACGUGUGCAGGGAGUCCCCGGGCUCCUCCUCCUCCCCCAUGCAGCCAGAAGGACAAUUGGCUGUGCUGUGGGGGAGGAGGAGGUGGGGGGCCGCACCUGCAUCAUCGAGCCUCACCAAGCGGCUUACUGGAUGGAGGCGAGUGAGGUCGCCAUGAGCGGCGCGGGGCGGCAGCAGCGGGAUGCCAUUAGAAGCCCAUAGACUUCUAUAGCGUAUCGCCACAAAAAGAUGGUGAUACCCUCGGUGGUGAAAACCCAGCGGCCGGGGGUUAGUACAUAUGAAAAUGCAGUUUUACUGCAUUUUCCCUUUAGUACAUCCCACCCUCAAUGUUUACUUUCCUUUGAUUUCUUGAGCGAAAUCGGUCAAAUCUGGGCUGUGACCACAUGAACCAACCAUUUGCUUGGGCGUUUGAAGCCAUUUAUCGGCUAAUACUCCGGCAUCGCUCCUGCACAUACACUAUACAAUUGUUGGGCUGAUCAGAAAAACAUCAUUUUAUUAUACUGCAUGCUGUGAACAGGUAAUACUUUAGCAUUUUUACAUUAAUUAUUAUAAUACCUAUUAUCUAAAACUUAUUUAGGGACAGAAGGCAGGAACUAGCGCAGCAUGGCAUAACCUACAUCCUUUCUCUACCUCCGGGCAAUAUGUCUAAUAGGUGUGCUCUGUAGAAUAGAAUGUGUUGUGUAUUUAUUCGCAGUACAGGUUGAGUAUCCCAUAUCCAAAUAUCCGAAAUACGGAAUAUUCCGAAAUACGGACUUUUUUGAGCGAGAGUGAGAUAGUGAAACUUUUGUUUUCUGAUGACUCAAUGUACACAAACUUUGUUUAAUACACACAGUUAUUACAAAUAUUGUAUUAAAUGACCUUCAGACUGUGUAUAUAAGGUGUAUAUGAAACAUAAAUGAAUUGUGUGAAUGUAGACACACUUUUGUUUAAUGCA